AUGAAGCCAGAGUCCACCGAGAACUUGACCGAGGUCAGAGACGUCGUCAAUGGAACACUUCAUGGUGUACCCGGUGAACGAGAUGCCGUAGUCGCUUCCUGGUCUGCCCACCUGCCCCGUAAACCGAUCUGGUGCUUCUACGAGGCCAGAGACGACAGGUAUUCCGUGCACCAUCUUCCCUUAGAACUGUGCACUGUCGUAGUCUUCUGCUGCUUGGAUCUCACCAAGGACGGAACGGGCGUCGUGCCGACUGCCACCGAAAAAGAACGGCUCAAGCAGAUGGCAGAGCGACGCCGGGCCUACCCUUGGGUGAGAAUCUUCCUCGGAGUCGGUGGACCGGGGGCACUUGAAGACGGCUUCGACGCCUUCUCGGCGCGGGGUUCGAGCAACCUGACGCUCGUUCGACUCUGCCGCAGCCUGCGCAAACUGUCGCGGGAGAUCGGUACCGAGGGGGUUCUCUUCCAUCCGCCCGACAUGGUGGCCGCUGCCUUCCACGCCUUUCUCAUCAAACUGCACGGCUGCCUCGAUGCCUUUGAUGUCGAAGUAAGCGUGGUUAUUUCUGACGACGCUAUCGAGGACGUGGCGUUUCUCAAGUACGCCCCUUACUUCAGGUCGUUUAAGAAUGUAAUCAUCUGGACUCACACUCCCAGCACAGCGUAUGCUACUUGUCCUUUCGAUAGGGCGACUUUGGAUCCGUGGUACCAGUGGCUCGAAAGGAAACCGCUGUCUGUUCUGGCGAGGUCCGUAAUGACGCUGAGCCUGGGCCCCCUCCACUACACCGCGCCAUCCGGCCAACAGGAACGUGCAUCCUCGUGCUUGAGGCAGAAAAUCCAGCAGCCGCCGUCGAGGGUCGCCUACACCCAGCUGUGCCUCAAGGUUCCCGACAUGACAGUCGAGGACCCACCCCUACAGCCUUCGGCCUGCAGCGUCUACAGGGACGCCCAGGGUUGCUACCUCGUCUUCUCGUCCAGGGCCCUCAGCUCGAUCUCCGAAGCCGUGAACCACCACUUCCGCAACGGGCUGGCCGUGAUAGAUCUCAACCUGGACGACUACAUGGGAGUCUGCGGCGAAAGGCAUCGCCUCUUCAACGCCCUCUACAACAUCGUCGACAUCUCGUAG